AUGACAGCUGAGCCCAGAAGAGAGUGAAGAUUUAGACAAAACCCUUGCUGCCAUCUCAAUCGCUAGACCGGAAGCGUCGUAUUAGUUUUGAAGGGAGUAUCGUGAGCUGCGUUACAUCAUGGAGACCUACCAAGAUCAGAUUUUAGACUCCCCCUCUAAGAACAGUUAUAUUGGAAGCUAUUACCAGCCUCCUGACAGGAUGCUGUCAAAACCAACUGAGAUGGAGGCCCCUUUAAUCCCAAUGAGCACGAACCUGCAGAAUCUGAGUCCUCGGGUAUCGAGGACUACACCUGAUGUUGGCAGCAAAGCUGUUAUUGAUGCGCUGAAGACCCUCCAGGAGAAGAUCAGGAGGUUGGAGUUGGAAAGGAAGCAAGCAGAGAAGAAUGUCCUGCAGUUCUCCCAAGCCGCUCAAAAAUAUGAGCGACACACCGAGUCUGCCACUGCACACAGCCAAGCAUUACACAACCCCCCUCAGACAGACAACCCCAACAGAAAAGAGCUGUCUUCACAUCUGCAGUCUGCAGAGGCCCGCUGUCAGGUCCUUGAGAAGCAGCUGGAUUACAUGAGGAAGAUGGUUGAACAAGCUGAGAAGGACAAGGAUGCUUUGACAGAGAAACAGGCUUUACUUCAAAAGCAGCGGCUGCUGAGCAGCUCAGACGUCCAAGCUCAGCAUGAGAAGCUGGAGAAACUGGAAAAAGAAUGUGUCAAAUUGAGUGAAACCCAAACUUUGGCAGAGAUGAAAAUAGCAGAUCUGGAACGGAAACUGUUGAUGGAGGAGCAUGAGCGUAAGCUUGUGCAGGAGAAAGCAGACGAGCUACAGAGGGAGAUGGACAUCAACCUUCGACUGUCUCCCCCAGCUGCUGAAGAGAUAAAACCAAAGAAGACCAAGGGAACCUCCAGGAAAGUCACUUCCUCCACACAGUGUGAGCCUGCAUCACUAAGCAGCCUCCAGAGCAAACAGAUCCCCUUCGUUGCUGGAACAUCAACGAGCCCCAGCCAUUCAGUCCAUGCCAAUGUGCAAAGCAUCCUCCACAUGAUGAAGCACCACCAGCCACAGCUGUGUGAGCGAGUGCGCUCCUUGCACAGGUCUGGCUGCAAAGCAAAGCGAAGCCUCCACAGGACCCUCGCUGCAUCCUCCACUGCACCCAGUGAGCGUGAGACUUGGAAUGGACCUGCUCAGUCCCUGGACUCCCUGUCUGACCUCCUGGUGGCUCUGCAAGAUGAGCUAGGACAGAUGAGUUUCGAACACCAGGAAUUAAUGCGUCAGAUAGAUGUGACACAUCAGCAGGAGCACAGGGAGGACCUGGAGAGGGAGCUCGAGGACUUGGUCAUGAAGAUGGAGGAGAAGGGAGCUCAGAUCACUAAACUCCGCAAACACCAGCAAACGGUCCACAAGCUAACCCACAACAUCCAGCAGAAAACCAGCAAUAAGCACAAGGCCAAGAGGGUGGGUGGGAUUAGACCACCUCUCCCUUCCUCUGUCAGGGAUAAGCAGCAGGGUAGGAAAGGCCGGGCAGCUCCAAACAACCUGCAGCUCCUCCGAGAGGCACAGAAGUUCCGCAGCAGCCUGAAACAAGACGACAUUUCCUGGGAGACAUAGGACCCCGUCCAUAGGGCUUUCAUCUAUAUGCUGACAGAAUCAAAAACUAAUUGUUUGUCUUCAGUUUAUGAUAGAGGAGGGAAUGAAGAAGAGAGCAUUUGACUUUCAGUGACCAUCUUUAUUAUGUGCUGAGGAUGCAAUAGGUGGUUGAUUUAAAUGGAGGACUACACACACAUACACAACAUAUACAGGGUCCGCCAUAUAUGGCUUUGUAUGGAUUUUGAACUGUGACCUUGACCAGGUCCAACAGUGAAGAUGAUUUGUGUGUAUGGAGAAUGUCUUAUUUUGUUUGUCAUUUUGUCUUGGAUGAAAACCCUUUUGUUUCGUCAAUUGGUAAUUCUUUUAGUAUUUUUAAGAAUUUGAUAAAGCUUUUUUUUUUUUUUUAAUGGUUUCAUACCAAAUUAGAUGUCAGCUGUCACAACAUAUCUUGGCCUUUUCUUACUGUUUAUUUACACGUGCCUACCCUGUCGUCCAUUGUUGGCCUUUUUCUGACAUCAUGCAGUCAGCCUCUAGAUGGCAGCACUCAACUUCAAUCUUAACUUCUAAAGCUGACUUUAGCCAUGGUAUUUAAUGUAAUACUCACAGUAUGUGAACUAAUAAGAUAUAACUGGCAAUGUUGCAGGAGACAUUAAGCUACUGCUUUCUCAAAUAUCAUUUGUUCAGUCAAAUAAAUCUCUGGAAAAUGGAGUUAAGUGUCCUGUUUUGAGAUUGUCAACCACCAGCUGACCCGGAGCAGCUGAGCAAAUGACCACGGGUCUGAGGGAUGUGGCAGAUGUGUUUUUGUGCUUGUCUUUUGUGUCAUGAGAUUUGCACUUUUUUUUUACAUUUUCAGCAUCCAAAUGAGCAAAACCUCUGCUGAAUCUGAUGCGAGGCCCUACAUAUUGUAGAUGUAGACUGAUUCCCAGUCACAGGACACAUUUCUAGCAUGGUUGAAUGUUGUGGGUUUGUGUAUGUACACUUGUGUUCAGUUACCCAGCUACCAACAUUCCAGUGUUAUCGCUUC